AUGGUUCGGCACAUCCAUGCACCCUCCGCUCCUCUAGCGAUGCACAGCGGCGAGAGACUCGACCCCGAACAGCAUGCGCUCUCCCCGAUGCGAAAACCGACUAACUUGGGUCAGUGGAUCGAUGAGAGGGCUGAAACGCCGGCUUUGGCACAGAACACCCUGCCAUAUCUGCCGAAUACGUCGAUGCCAGGCAUACCGUUGCCUCCUGAAGUGGUAGAGAGCCUGCAAGUAUCGAUCUCCUGCUUUCCGGAGACGAUGCUCCUAUCCUCAAGCUUCUCGAUCGAGACAAUCCGCAGCUACUCCAAGAAACUCAAGCACCGAGCCGACCUAGAUCAUCAUCUUCGAAGCCACCAUGACAGAUCAUCUUCUCUAUCAUCCAUUUCAAGCAAUGCAAAACAAACCAAGCGCUGGAACCUGGCCUGGCUGAGGCAGCACCAACACCAGUCUCAGCAUCAUUCUCAAUACGCUCCAAGAAGCCCACAAAACGCCAACAACAUAUCAACAUUGAGCUUGGCCAACCGAACCGCAGCAAUGCCAAGCUGGGCGCCCAUCAAGAACGUCUUCCCCGCCGCAUCCGACUACCUUUGCGACGCCCUUUUCGCCCACCUUGUAGCCUACAACUACAUCACCUCUCUGUGUCCACCCGCCCCUCCACAAAGCCAUCAGCAUUACCGACAGCAUCAGUAUCAGCAUAGCAACCGCGGCGCUCCAGUAGACGGCCACAACCGUGACAACAUAAGAAUCCCUGACAAGGCAGCCAGCGUAUUGGGCAUGGAGGAUGCCGGUCCCGCAACCAAGGCCACCAGCCGCCAGAGCAACGACGGCCACCGCCGCCGACCGAUGCUCACUCGAGCGCCGAGUCGCUCACCGGCCAAGGGAACCAGCCACAACCACAGCCAUAGCCGACGCGGAAGCGGAAGCGGAAGCGGCAACGGGAAUGGCGGCGCGGAUGCCUCGGCCACGAUGCGGGAGGUCCAGGCCGGGCUGGCGAGGUGUAUUGCCUUGUUGGUUGCCACGCUCAGGAGGGGGGCUCCCAUCGGGGGCGGCCGGGUGGACUUGGAGGCGCAGGGACAGGGACGAAAAGAGGACAACGCGGCUGAUACUGUGCUCAUGAGGGCGCUUUGUGAGGUGGUUAGGUGUGCCGAGGAGGCGGUGAUGGUGGUGGAUUUGAGCUAA